AUGCAGCUCAAGAGCCUCUUCGUCCAGCUUAUGGCGGCUGCGCCGGUGGCGCUCGCCCACCCUCACGGCGCCCACGAACCCCUUCACAUGGCGAAGCCUCUUCCCCGUGGUCUCGGUCACUGCCACGCCCACUUCGAGAGGAGCAACUUGUCCAAGAGGACGGCCGAGAGGCACCUGGCCGAGGUUGAUACCCUCAAGAAAGAGCGCGGUCUCGAGCACCUACCGACUAUCCACCGCCGGCAAUUUGGUGGUUUCCCCGGCUUCGGAGGCGGCGAUCCCGCUGUCAUUGCCGACAUUCUUGGCAAGAGCCACAAGUCCGACAAGGACGUCACCGUCGACACCGAUCCCGCCGAGCUCUUUGCUGAUGCCGGUUCCUGCGUCUUGUCCCCCGAAGUCACCGAAGGUCCCUCUAUCCGAAGGGACGUCACGGAUGGCGAGGGCGGUGUCAAGAUGAGACUUGCCAUCCAGGUGGUCGACGUUGAGACGUGUGAUCCUAUUCCCGAUGCCUGGGUCGAUCUCUGGAGCUGCAACUCCACUGGCGUGUACGGCGGCGUUCUAUACUACCCCGGAAACGGCGACCCGAACGACGAGUCCAUUAUCAAUGCUACCGCUCUUCGCGGUGUCCAACCUACCGAUGCGGACGGCAUCGCCCUCUUCGACUCCUUGUACCCGGCCAUUACGAAGGCCGUACCAACCACGUUCACGCGAGGACCUAGGGUAUCUAAAGCUAAAACCUUCUGCUCACUAGCCAUGGUUCAUCACGGCGUCACCCAAAACGAAAACGGCACCAUCACCGGUGGCCGCGUCUCUCACAUCGGCCAGAUGUACGUGGAUGACGACCUCCUCGACAUCGUCGAAAAGACCUCCGCCUACGCUAUCAACACGCAGCCCUGGACGCGAAAUGACGUCGAUAUCCUCUUCGGCAUGGGAACUGCCGGCGGUGACGAUCCCAUUCUGCGUUACGCCAUGUUGGGAGACGACAUCGAGAACGGCAUCUUUGCUUGGAUUCGCUUUGGCAUCGACUCCUCCGCGACCAGGAACUACAACCCUGCCGCGUACAAGGACGAAACUGGCGGCCACCAGAAUCCGACCGGACCCGUCCAACCCGGUGGUAUGGGCGGAGGCCUUGGCGGAGGAUUUGGUGGAGGCUUCCUGGCUUCCCUGGUGCUCCUACGAAUCCCUAAAUCGCAGGGACAAAUCGUACGCUGUUGCAGCCCCGAGCCCGACGAUCUAGGGUCGACUCGCGCAACGCGCGCUGCGAAGCGAGGCUUUCUGUCGCGCAGAUGGCAAGUCACGUCACCUAAAGCCAUAGUGAGGCUCCUUGCGCUCUUCAAAUUCAACAUCGUGUUGAGCGGCACGUUGAUUAUGCUGCCGUUCUUCCGCAUAUUAGAGGACCUCUUCUGCCACCAGUAUUUCAACGACAAAACACCAGACUUUCUAGAUGAGAAAAAGUGCAAAGAGGAUGGGGUCCAGCAGAGCCUUGCAUACUUCUUCGGCUGGCUUACUGUCGUGAACAGCGUCGUUGGCGUUGUCAUUGCCUUGCCAUAUGGUUCUCUCGCUGAUAGGCUGGGCCGAAAACCGGUCCUCAUAUUCUCCUAUGGCGGCGUGUGCUUCUCUUUUGCCACCACGCCGCUCUACUUCCACUAUUUUCGGAACAUCAACCCUUAUUUCAUCCUAAUUGGUAGUGUUGGGCAAGCAUUCGGUGGUGGGAUCCCGGUCGCGCUCAGCACCUUGUACGCCAUUGCGACGGACGUGACCUCGGAAGAAGAGCGUGGCGCAAGCUUCCUCCUGCUCACCCUCGGGGCGACCAUUGCCGGACUCAUCGGGCCUCUCAUAUCGGGCCUUUUGAUGGAACGGUUCAGCCCCUGGGUUCCCAUCUACAUCAUCUCAGCGCUCUCUCCCUUCUUCAUCGCGGCCAUGUUUCUCUUACCAGAGACCCUGCAGCGUAAACCCCAAACUGAAGAUGACGGCCAGAACCAAACCGUUGUUGAUUGGCUCAAAUGCCAAGUUAGGGAUUCCAUCACGCAGGUUCGUGAGGCUUUCCCCUUGCUCCGCAGCAGGGAUAUCAGGUUCAUCCUCGCCAUAUUCUUCAUCAACACCCCCAUCGGCGCUGCCCUCUCCCUCACACUCAUCCAGUACGUCAGCAAGACGUUCGGAUGGGACGUUGCUGAAACGAGCUACCUCCUUUCUCCCCUUGGCCUCCUCACCAUCGUUGUUCUCGGCGGCCUCCCCAAGCUUGGCGAGGAUUAUCUUCUCACCGGGCUUUCCCUGGUCUUCCUCGCCCUCGGCGGCGUCAUUGAGGGUCUUGCGCCCACGGCUGGCCUCUUCAUCUUUGGUCUCUUUAUUGGAAAUUUUGGCUCUGGCCAUACACCUCUGGCCCGCGCGCUCCUCACUCAUUACGCCGACUCGCAACUCACCUCCCGCCUCAUGGCGCUCAUUAGCAUCAUCGAGGCCGCCGGCGCUUUCAUAGGUGGGCCUAUCCUCGCCGUCUUCUUUCAAAUCGGUCAGAGCAAGGGUGGCUACUGGACGGGGCUGCCUUACCUGUACAUCGCCUUCCUCUGUCUCUGCGCGCGCGCCUGCCUCAGCUUUGUCCGGGCGCCCGAAAAGCCUGAGGAGGUGGCCCUGGACAGUACGGAGCGGGAUACAGAUAGCCUGGAAAAUGACGAGCCCGACGCUCCCUUAAUCUCGCUCUGA